GCAGGAUGAUUGGAAAAAGAAAGAAGCUGAAGGAGAGUUUGUUCCAGGUCGGAUGGAUGAUGCUCUUUCACGUGCUUUGCAGAGGAAAGACCGACCUGGGCGUGUGCUAACAGCUGGGUGUAGCAUUGGGAUUACAUCUGUUUGGGGAGAUCCUGAUCGGAGGAGUAGUGCCUCCAAGGGUAAGGGCAUGGAUGAUGAGGAGAUUCAGGCAUUGGAGGCUAGAGUGAGUCAAAGAGUUAGAGAGCAGACUAUUGAAGAGAUGAACUCGAAGAUAGAUGAUAUGGUGACGCAAAGGUUUAUGGCUUAUGCGACGCAAAUGGGUUUUCCAUUACCGACUCCUUCCACUCCAGUCGUUCCUAGUAGCUGUCAAUCGGGGGGCAAUGAUCCAUUUGCGGAUUUGCAGAGUCAAGUUCCAUGUCGCUUGGCAAUAGCGGAUGUCUCGGGACCGAUCAUUGUAGCUGUGGGUACCGUUCAUCCACGACAGGAGUCAUCAUCACACGCUACGACGGCCAUGAGAGUGAGUGUUGAUGAGUAUUAUGUGGAUUACGCAGAUGUUCCAGUUCCACUCUCUACUCCAUUCAUCACGAAACUCAGUCAAGCCGAGGGUUCUGUCAUAGAAUGGCCUAAAGAGUUGAUAUUUCUAGUUUCAGAUAAUCAGGUAACUUAUGUUUAG